CCAACAACGUACCCCGGCCUUCUCAUCCAUCGUACAACCAACUGAGCGUGUGAAGCUCACCAAUGCAAACCAUGUCGCACACCGGAUACCAUAACUCGCCGAACGAAGGCUGGCAAGACCUUGUUGCCUGGGAUGACGAGUUCUACUUUCAAGACGACAGUGGUUUAACAGGAGCACAGUGCGAUGGCUGCGAUGGCUUCGCUGCCAGCUUCCACAUACCAGAGAGCGUCACAUCUGAGCAACCUUAUCUGGCAUCGGCACCUCCAUCAAUUCUUGACGACCCGCCAUCACUCGAAUACACCGUCUCCGCACCCCCUUCUAUCCCCGAAGGCUCCUCUUCGUUUGGCCAGGUCUACAGUACCUCGCCGUUCUUUGACAUCACUGCGACUUCUCCUCUGGUGGGUGGAGAGGAUGGACAAUACUUUGGGUCCUUUGGUGCCUGUGAUCACUCCCCAUCCGCCCUAGGUCACAUCACGGAGUCGCCUGUACUGGACACGCGGUUCGAACGUAUCGCGGACAGCUUCGAGGGAUCAGCCGGCUCUUUUGAAUCGACAUCAGAGACAGUCUUCAAUCCCUAUGUUGCUGGCUCCUCUCACUCUUUCAGUGGCCUUGAUAUCCAAGUCUCCAAUGUCUUCUCCAACGUCGGUACCUGGGCAGACCAGCCUCAGAUCAUCGAACCCAUCGCGGAGUGUGACGAGAGCAAAGCAGAGGCUAUGCCCAUCUCUAUCCCACGACCGCUCUCACAAAGCUUCAACUCCACAUUCCCGUCCCAAAUUCGAUCCGAGGGACAGUAUCCUCAGCAAGGUCGUAGCAGAGCUAUAACGAUCCCCGAAGCGACCCGCGGAACUGCAAGCUACAAUCCCGAGGCCUCGUACUUGGCAUGGUCGCAGAGAGUGCCUCCGAUGCUCUCAGUGUCUCCUAUCUCUCAACGCCGUCAUCGCAGCGUUACCUUAUCUAGGAGCACUUCACAAUCUCGCCGCAAGCCGACCACACCUUCGCCUACCUCGGCUUCCUCAGACUCUUAUGGGUGGGUAUCAUAUCAUCCAAAUCCUUUGACAAAUAGGCUAGCGCCUACGAGUACUGAAGGCCCACAAGGCCGCACGCCACGCGGACGAAAGAAAGGUCUCACUGCUGAGCAACGCAGUAACGCAGCACUGAUGCGCAUUGUCGGCGCUUGUUCCAAUUGCCAACGGAGGAAGGAGAAGUGUGAUCCAGGCACACCAUGCAAAUCUUGUCUCGAACAUUAUAAAGGAGAUCUCGUCAACCACCCUUGCCGCGAUCGUCUCCUCAGCGACCUCUCGAGCGCCUUUCUUUCAGAUCGCUUCGGAUGGCAUCCUACAGCACGGUCUCUAGAGUCAUUCGUUGCACCUAGACGCUUCAACAUCCCGAGUGGCAUUACCUACACGAUUCCACUGAACUUUGGCUUCGGUCCGGCUUUACCUGUCUCUGUGCACGCCUUAGAGCUCGAAGAUGUUCAUCCCAUGGUACACAAGCACAUCAUCUAUUCCUGGCCGCCCGAGUCUUCCUCUGCGUCCGCGCAUACACAUGCUGUCCUCCCAGCUGUGCUGACGAAAGAUGCCACUUCCAAUCUCAUGCAUGUAUUGGACUCUCACCUCUCGCUUCUGGUAACAAACCACUUCCGCGCAUUCCCGUUAUACUGCUCACCCCUCCGGAUCCUGCGCGAGGUGUAUGUAUUCUCUCGGUCAAUCCCUCCGAAUGCUCCGCAUGCCCGUACUCUCCACCAAGCGUUGAAACUUCUCGUCCUUGUUCACAUUGGCGGUGACAUCACGCUAUCACCGCGCUCACAGGACCCAGUGCUAGCACAACUAGUCCGCAACACGAUGGACUUAUCCGAAGAACUGAACCCAACACCCUGCUUCAUCCGCUCACAGUUUGGCUCCGUUAUGCCAGAGCUAGCCCUCAUCUUGAUGAAGGAUGUUCUUUCCUCGUUGGAGCAGCUCUUCCUGAACAGAGAAUGUGGAGAAUGGCCGGUUGCUCUUGCAGUCCUCAUCACUGUCCUGAUGACAGUCGAGUCCAUCCACUACCACGCCGCGAAGCUGCCAUACCACUACGACUUCAACAACAUGCGCUCAUCGAACCCCGAAGAGGAGCUCAAAGUCGAUGACGAAGGUGUGAGAAUGCUACUAGCCUUCUACAGCGCAUGCUUUUCUGGAUGUCAUGCUAGGCUCAGACCAGAUUGGGAGGGCGAGAUCAGCCGUCCGCAACGUACCAGUAGGACAUCUCCGAAAGAUACCUUUAUCGAGAGCGUGAGAGAAGCAAUCAAGAAUGCGAGUGGUGCUGGCUACCUAGGCAUGAAGGCCAGCGAGAAGAGGAAGGGUGACGACAUGGGUUUCUUCUUCGACCGGCUGGUGGCACGCCUGUUGCUUUUGAAGCUCUGAUCUGGAUUAUUUCGUUUUUCGUAUUUUCUUUUUUCGAGCACGCCUUUCUUCUUUUGUCUUCAUUAUUUGCUUCUUCACGCUCUACUGCUAGGGUGGAUGUUUACUUAUUAGGCGUUCAAAAAUGCCUUGCACGGUUCUCAUUCAUCUCUUAUGUCGCCGAGCAUUAUUAGACUUCUUAAAAGCGUUUGGGUUUGCUGCUGUUUUACAUUUACGAAGAGACGACUGGAAGAGAUGAGCCUCGUCAUGAUUUACGCUUGUAUUCCUCCCCUUCACUAGACCCUGUUUCGUG